GUGAGAGCGAAAGAGAUAGAAGAUUAUUCAUUUGAAUAUGUGCCGCGAGGUGGCGAAAGUCGCUUUGAUUAUUGAUAUAUUUUUUAUUAAUUAUGGCCCUUUGGCUCUCGAUGAAAAAUUAUUCGUGAAGAUUUCGAUUAACUUAAACUCUAGCAAUUUUGGAGCAAUGUUACAUUUUCAAAUGACAAUCACUUGUGAAUUUAAUUAAAAAUUUUAUCUUAUCGUGUACACUAUUUCUAAAAGUUCUUUAUAAUUUAUAUCUUGAUAUAUAAAACAGUUCACCAAGUAGAUAUGAAAGUGUUGGAAUUUAAAGAUCAUAAAUAAACUAUUGGAAAAAAGUCAACCUCAUACUUGAUAGGAAAAAGAAAUAGUUCAAAUUAUUUUGAAAUUGGCAAAAAUGGCAAAUGCUUUUGGAGGUAAAGUAGUCAAUUUUCGUGAGACAUUUAAAGUGGUUAAUAAAGAUACAUUAAACUGGUUUCCUGGGCAUAUGGGUAAAGGAAUUAGGCAAAUGGAACAAAACUUGAAAAAUGUAGAUUGUUUAAUCGAAGUGCAUGAUGCUAGAAUUCCUCUAUCUGGACGUGGUUAUGCAGAUUUCAAGAAAACUUUGUCUGGUUUAAAGCCCCAUAUUCUUGUAUUGAGUAAAAUAGACUUAACUGAUAAGACAUACAUAGCUCCUGCUCUUGAAAGACUAAAUGAAGAAGGUAUGACAAAUAUUGUGCAAACAAAUCUUAAGGAUGAAAAAUGUAAAGAGACAAAGAAAAUAUUACCAUUAAUGCAGCAGAUUAUAUCUGAAUCAAAUCGUUUUAACAGAUCACAAGAAAAAGAUUAUUGUGUUAUGGUUAUUGGAGUUCCCAAUGUUGGCAAGUCAUCAUUGAUUAACAGAUUGAGAAGUACUCAUUUACAUAAACCAAAAGCUGCAGCUGUUGGAGCUGUGGCAGGAAUUACAAGAUCGCUUAUGAAUAGAAUAAAAAUAUCUGAAGAUCCCUUAGUGUUUUUAUUAGAUACACCAGGAAUAUUGCCGCCAAACAUUAAAGAUCAAAAUUGUGGUUUGAAAUUAGCUUUGGUUGGGUGCUCUCAAGAUCAUUUAGUAGGGCCAGAAUUAUUAGCUGAUUAUUUAUUAUUCUGGUUGAAUAAAAACAACAGAUUUGAAUAUGUUAACAAGUUAAAUUUGAAAGAACCAACUGAUGACAUAAUGGAGGUUUUGAUUCAAAUAGCUGUUAAAAACAAAAAAGUUAAAAAGAUAAAAAAUAUAGUUGAUGGCAAACAUGUUUACAAACCAGACUUUUAUUAUGCAGCACAAUACUUUCUUAAAGCUUUUAGAAAUGGGGAAUUAGGACUUUAUUGUUUAGAUAAAGAUAUAUUAUAACACUUAAAUUUUACAAUAAUUUCUAAAACAUUGUUUUUUUACAUAUUUAAAAAUUAUGAUGUAAAGUUGUAAAUUCAUAAUUUAUUUAUAAAUUAUAAUUUUUACUUGUUCAAGUAGGAGUCUAUUGUAAAUUCUGUAAAUAAAUUUUUUCACAUAGCAAGUAUACAUUAUAUUUAUUUCUA